CCCUGAGAAGAUUGGAGCCUAAGAAGUUUAGCUACUGUUUCCGCGUACUCUGAUGUUUUUCUUGCGAGGGAAGCCUCUCAGCCUCAAGGGAAUAGGAUCCUGCGCUGUAAAGCCGAAAGCUGCUAGUACUAGUAGUGCGGGGCUCUGAACUGAUUCCGCACUCGCACGCACCAUCGCACCCAUCCUGACAUGGAAAUGCCAACGCACUACCCGAGCAAGCGCGGAUCCAUGGAAGAGGAGGACAGGCUGAGCAGCCUCCCCGACGACCUCCUCCACUCCAUCCUCCGCGAGCUCCCGUUCAAGCACGCCGUCCGAACGAGCGCCCUCUCCCGGCGGUGGGCGCCGCAGUGGCUCCGCGCGCUCGCCUCCUCCCGGGUCCUCGACUUCACCGACCCAGACUUGGCCCGCGGCCAGCUGCCUGCGCGGGCCGCGGCGGCCACGAUGCGUCGCUGCCUUGAGCUCCACGCCGAGCACGGCGGGCCACUCGACGUCUUCCGCGUGGCGCUUAGGUCCCCGCCAGCAGGAGCAGGGUCGAGCGACGGCGCGUUCGAGCGCGACGUCGUCGGCUGGAUCGCGUCCGCGGUGGCGAGGGGCGCAACGGAGGUGGAGGCGGACCUGACGCCGACACCGACACCGACGGAGGGAGACGAGGACGCCGACGACGGGAGCUCGGCGUCCGUGGAGCUGCCUGGCGACCUGUUCGUGGCCCGGAACUCGCUGGCGCGCCUCGCGCUCGGCGGGUUCAGCCUCCGCGCCGCCGUCCCACCCAGCCCAGGUGGGCUCGCCGGUCUCCGCUCGCUCUCCCUCAGCCACGCCGACUUCACCGGCGAGGCGUUCCGCGACGUCGUGUCCAGCUGCCGGGCGCUGGAGCACCUCAGCGUGAGCAGCUGCGACGCGCUGAAAUCGAUUAGGAUCGCCAGCGAGACGCUGCGUGUCCUGGAGAUGGUGCGAUGCCGAGCCGUGCGGGAGCUCCGGGUCAGCGCGCCCGCGCUCGAGUCGUUGGCUUUCCACGGCGACAUCUUCCUCUACGACGACUACGUCGACGACGGCGUCCUCUCUUCUCCCGUCGACAUGGGAUCCACACCGGCUCUGCGGGACGUGUACCUUUCCCAAAUAGGCUUCGGCCACAACGACGACGAGAGAUACCAGGUGUGCGGGUGCGACGCGCACGCGUACGACUAUGCCGACUUGUUGAGCUGCGUCGCGCAUGCCUCGGUUUGCACGCUUUCCUCCGACGGCUGGUUUCAGGGGAACGAAUGGGACGGCGCCUAUAUGACGAACAUACAGGAGCUGCAACUGCUGAUGACCUCCGUAUGUGGUAGUAGCGACGACCUCGAGGGCUUCGCCGGUUUGUUCGAGCAGAAUCGGCUUCGACUCCUUGACCGCUUGUUUGUCCGCGUGAAAACUAGGUCAUGCGAACAGCGUCCAGUCGUGACGAACGUACAGGAGCUGCAACUGCUGAUGGCCUCCGUAGUAGUUGAUUUUGAUAUGAGUUCUGAUUUUAUUUCCUUUGCCACCACCAUUCACCUUGAAUCAUUGUUGGCUGUUCUACGGACCUACAAUGUGUCACGUAAUUGAUGUGAUGACCCAUUUUGUGCCUUGUUGCCUCAGGAUGUGAUAGAAAAGAUCAGAAGGCCUUACAAUACAAAGACCUAUAAGGUCGAUCUUAUAAGUCCCACUUGAGGCAAACAUCAAUUCAUAGACCGCGCAGCGCGGAAGCACGGCGGCGGACGGAAGCACGGCGGCGAACGACACCACCAGGGCGGAAGCGCGGCGGCGGACGGCGCCACCACCGCAUCUCGGCUAGCAGAGGUGCGCCUCGCUCCAUUCUUCCUCCUCCUCGCUAGAAGACACCCGACCCGUAACCCUAGAAGAGACCCACGGUGCGAGUAGGGCGGAAGCGCGGCGGUGGAUGGCGCCACCACCGCAUCCCGGCGAGCAGAGGUGCUAGAUUGUAGUCGGGAUGCUGCAGAGGGUUUAAGGUUUAGGGAUGCGGUAGAAGAAAUGGAUUGUGUAGGUUAGUGUUCAGUAGAAGAAAUUGUCUGAUCCAUUUCUCUUUGUUUAACUGAGAAGAGAUUUGUCCAAAAGUAUAUUGAUCCUUACAACAAGAGUAUUGUAAGGCUUGCAGAUGCUUAUUUACUGCUUGUGCUGGGAAAAUGCCUCAUUUAGGUGCGUUCGCAGCAGCAUGCUAGGGGUACUAAGAAGUAGAGGCAAAGAUAGUCAUUUUAGGUCUUCUCUGCCUAUACUUUGAAGUUUGAACAGACUUUUGCCGAACUACUGUGCAGCUCCUUGUUGGUUGGUGCACACCAAUGCUUGCAACAGAUGUUGCCUUUGUGUGCUGAAAUGAAAUUAGUUCUUCCUUAAGACCGACCGGUGUUGUGACCUAUGAUUUCAGGUAAGCCAUUGGCUAUUUUCAGAUGGGUAUAAUGAUAUGUUACUCUGUUCUCUCUGUGUUUCAUGUCUAAAUAUUGGAUGUACAUGGCAUUCUUUUGACACUAGACAUUGCCAUGAUAAGUUCUCAAAAAAAAUUCCAAACACAAUAUUUUUCAUGCUUUUCUAUCUGUUGUAUAAUUUUCUGUACCGUUUAUUUUUCAAUAAACUAAAUGUGAAACUUAACCUCUUACUCUGUCUGUAGGUGCUUAGGUUUCUUUCUUUGACAGAAAUGGGCCUCACCGUUAGGUGUUCUCCAAAUACAAUUCCAACUGCAGUAAAAUCCCUUAUUGAAGAUAUGAAAAAAGAGGUUGAUAAAAUCUAUAAGUUCGGUACAUUUGUGAACUUAACAACGACAGCAGUGGGGAAUAGAGAUUUCUCAGUGUGGACAUACAGAUCUCUGAUCUUGAACCAAACUGUAUCAGCAUACACCUAGAGGCAGGAGAACCACUGAGGAUAUUUCCUUGGACGGUUAACAAAGUUUUGAAGCUCCCAUAUAAAACUAGAGUGAUGCUUCCAGAAUACACACUUAAGGACAGAAAUGAUGAAUUUGAUAAAGUGCGUGCUUUACUUGAAAAAGAGAAAAGUCCUGAUUAUGUCCCCAACCCCCCAGGAAAAAAAGAAAGGUGGUGUGCAUGAACCAGAAGGCAGUGAGAAAGGUGGUGAGCAUGAACCGGAAGUCAAUGAGAAAGGUGGUGAGCAUGAAUCGGAAGGCAGUGAGAAAGGUGGUGAGCAUGAACCGGAAGAUGAUCAUGAACUGGAAGAUGACCAAGAUCUAGAAGAUGACCAAGAACUGGAAGAUGAACAUGGCAGGACAAAAAAGAAUAGUCUAAGUACUUACUAAUGGAUUUGCUUUCGGAACAACAAAGUAUGGUUUGUGCUUAGGGUUUAGGGUUUAGGGUUUCGGAACAACAAAGUAGGGUUUAGGGUUUAGGGUUUAGGGUUUAGGGUUUAGGGUUUUACAAAAGAAUAGUCUAAGUACUUACUAAUGGAUUUGCUUUCGGAACAACAAAGUAUGGUUUGUGCUUAGCUUUCCAUUCAUGAUUCCACAAUUUAGACUGAAUGCACAGUGCGCGGGGAUCUAUAUCUCCUGUCGGUCGGAACCAUUUGAUAAAAUUAACUUCAGAAACUCUCUCACCAUUGAUGUCUAGUACAAGUUGUUGUUCUUGAGAAUCUAGCUUCUCCAGAACAUGUCGAUUGUACAAAUAUUUCCUUUGUAACUGAUCGUUGCCUAGUAUAUCAAUAAUUUCGUUAGACAAAACCGUGUGUGGUGGUACAUAAACGUGUGUCUGAGCAAGAAGAGCAUAUUCCUUAUGACUUGUGUCAUAAGGUGGCUCAGCUGAAGGCAGCAAGCUUUCGUAACAGGUGUCUGCCUUCCGCUUUAACUGAGAAAGGAAAGUCAACAUGUAGUUGUUACUUACUUGAGCUCAACAGGAAAGUGAACAGUCUUAGACAAAGAACGCCUCUAAUGAAAUGUAGAUGUUACUUACUGGAGCUCCUCCAUAGUCACGUGAUGAAUUAGAUUUACAAAAGUUAAUAAUCCUCAACAUGUCCUUUUUACUGUACCGAUUGAUGCGUGGAAGUCUGAAGCGGUCCUCCUUUGUUAUGCCACAGUCCACAUUAUCCAAGUAAUAUACCUGUCAAGCAUAUAUUAGUGUUGUCGAAUAGACAUUGCUGGUAGCUAUAAUAAGGAGAAAAAGGAACGAGACAAGAUUGAGUCAUACCAUUGGGAUUAUACAGCACCCAGACAAGACUGAUGUUGUCCAUGCUUUAAAUUUUUUCACCGAGUCCCUCAAAUCUUCGUACACAACUGUCGACCAGACAAUCUGACUAAACAAUUCCAUAUCUUUUGUGUACAUGACUGCCUGUUCAUUUACCAUGGUGCUAGCUCCGCGCAGCAGAUAUUUGGUUAUCACUAACAUGAAGAAUAGUCUAAGUUUUAGUUUCUUGUCUUCAGUUCUCUCCAGCACAUGUUGAACAAGAGAAAUAGAAAUACUUUCCUUCUUAGUAAUAAU